AUGGUCUCAGAAUUUUUGCAUGAACUUUCUCACGAUUUCACAAAACUACUCGAAAAUAAACAAGACUCGGACUUUUCAAUUACUAUUGGUAGCGAACCCAAUGACGUAAAAGUUUUCCAUUUGCAUCGGUUGAUUCUGCGUACUCGGUCACCGUUUUUUGCGGCUGUUUUUGAUAGCAAGAAUUCGACGACAACGACGAAGACGAUAACUAAUAGAGGUAUUGUUGGUAUUGGUGAAUUCUCAAAAAACGCCGAUAGUUCUAAUAAUCAAUUGGCAAUAAAAAAUGAGGAUCUUUUUAAGAAUACUUCGCCUGCUAUUUUUGAAGUGAUUGUCAAAUUUCUUUAUGGUGGAACAUUUAACGCUAAGUCAUAUAGUCUCGAUAAAUUAUUUGAAAUUCUUGUGACUGCACAUAAAUUCAGGAUUAAAUCUCUUUCUUCAUACCUCGAAGAAUAUCUAACAACAAAACGAACAGAUGACCUACGACAGAAAUUCGCUCAACUCACAAAAAUAGUUGACGAGAAUUCGAGUCUUACAAAAUUACAGAGUUUUCACAGUGACGCGACAGAAAAUGCCGCAGAGACGAUAUUUGAGUGUGAGGAUUUCACGUCGUUAUCGGAAGAGACUCUUGUUUCACUAUUACUGAUCGAUUCACUUCGAUUAAAAGAGAUUGAAAUUUGGAAUAAAGUUAUAAAAUGGGGAAUAUUUCAAUGUCAAAGUUCGCCCGCAGAUCUUUCGUCGUGGACUCCACGACAUUUCGAGACUCUGCGUGGAAAUUUAUCGCGUUGUAUACCGUUGAUACGAUUCUUUGACAUUUCUUCGGAAGAUUUUCAUCAAAGAGUUUUGCCCUUUCAACAAAUUAUUCCGGAUCAGAUAUUAAAAGGGCUAAUAGACUAUCAUAGAGCGGGAUACGCACCAAUAACGCCUAUGCUUCCUUCUAGAAGUCCAUUUAUGUAUUCGUCUACACUGCUACGAAAACAACACGCGAAAUUUCUAUCUCGAGCUAUUGAAGGAUCAUCAUCCUCUUCAAUAAACGGUAUUUCCACACCGUGUGUAAAUAACACAUCACAAUACUCCUGGCAAUCGAAAGGCGGAUUUGAAUACACGACCGAGAGUUUCAUCUUUCAAUUACACGAACAAACGUGUAAAAAUGGAAUCUUGAGUCGUGUCGUCGAUCCUACGAAAGCGGUCUAUUUCUGGCAAAAUUUUGGUCCAGAAUUUGGAAGUGGAUCCGAUUUGGCAUUACGUGAAAAUUUCAAAGAUCCUUCACAGUCGUUUUGCCGUCAGAAAUCUUAUGAAGAACCCAUUAUUCCUGGUGCGGAUAGACGUAGAGUUCAUUUCACUACGGAGGAAUACGAAGUUUUUCAAAUUGUGAAAACUCGACAUGAUCCCACGUAUAAAUUCUAG